GAAGCGUCAGGAGAUCAAGCCGGGGAGGGCCUCGUUUCCUCUCAAAUAAUUUAUGCAAGUGUGUGUUGGAGCUGGCGGACUGGCUGAGUAGGAGUGGCUGGGGAGUUUGCAGCCUGAUUUACAUGAGUCGUAGAUCAGGCUGACUCCUAGUCACCGGCUUCAGCUUCGAUAUUUCCUGUCCGCCACUCGCACAGGCACAGCCGAGCCGAAGAGAGCCUGGGCGGAGGAGGCGAGGAGAGGAGAGAGGGAUGGCAGAGAACAGCUGCGAGACAAGCGGCUCCGGUCACCGCAGAUAUCCGGCCCAUUCUCCGGGGGACAGAAACGUUUCAGCUGGUGUCGGGGCGUCCAAAUGGAUCCGACUAAAUGUCGGCGGGACGUAUUUUUUAACGACGAGACAGACGCUGUGUCGAGAUCCGAAGUCAUUUCUGUACAGGCUGAGCCAAGCUGACCCCGAGCUCGACUCUGACAAGGAUGAAACUGGUGCCUAUCUCAUUGACAGAGACCCUACAUAUUUCGGGCCGGUGCUUAAUUACUUGAGGCAUGGCAAACUGGUGCUUAACAGGGACUUGGCAGAGGAAGGUGUGCUGGAAGAAGCAGAGUUCUAUAACAUCACAUCAUUAAUAAAGCUCAUCAAGGAUAAGAUCAGGGAGCGUGACUGCAAAACAUCCCAGGUUCCAGUGAAGCAUGUGUAUCGGGUGCUGCAGUGCCAGGAGGAGGAGUUGACACAGAUGGUGUCCACCAUGUCUGAUGGCUGGAAGUUCGAGCAGCUGGUCAGCAUCGGCUCUUCUUACAACUACGGAAACGAAGACCAAGCUGAGUUCCUGUGUGUCGUCUCCAAGGAGCUGCACAAUCAAUCAUAUGGGACCAACAGUGAGCCCAGUGAGAAGGCCAAGAUUCUUCAGGAGCGCGGUUCACGGAUGUGAGCAGGACUCAGUAUUACGAGCUCCAGGUGUUACGAUGCAAACGUAUCAUCUUUGUGGAAGAACACUCAGCACAAUGGAGACUUAAAAUAAGGGGUUUGGGGGGGGGGGGGGGGGGGGGGGGGGCUUUUUUUGGCUGUUUAUUUUAAGUCUUCCCUCCACUUUUGUUUUAAUUUCUGGAUGUAAAAAGCCUGUUUACUGACAGUUUGUGCCUGUACAUUUAAACUGGAUCUUUUUUUCUGUUAUCUGAUAGUGAGAAAAUUUCAGAUUUUUUUCUGCUACAAUACACGGCCGCCGUCCUUUAAGGCCACAGAUUCACUCAGGUUCAUCAGAUGAGUUGAUGCUUCUAUCUGUUAACUCAAGAGUCUUGUAAGGGAUCAACGUGUUCUUUAUGACAUUAACACAGAAUAAAAACAAGGGAACGGUGUAUUCACAUGAGUUAAACUAAUACUAGAUUAACUGCAAAAACACUGAGUGGUUAACAAAAGAUUUCAGUUUUACUGGGAUCCCAGCUAAACUACACAUUUCAUUAGAUGUUUAAUUUAAGUAGAUGUCUCAUCAGGAGAACUGUGGGGGCAUUGGGUAUUUAACCUAUUCACACCCUCUAAAUAUGAGAGAAUUAUAAUGUCAAUGUGUUGGCUCGUAAUGAGUAAACUAGGAUUUAAAGGGGCGGUUCAGAUCUUUUAAAAUUAAUUAAUGUGAACAGGAAAUGAGGAAGUUAUAAAUAACUUCCUGAACAACCUCUUAUUUUGGAUUAGAUUGAUAAGCUAACGGCUAGUCACAGUAAAUCCAAGGCUAAAGCAGAUUUCUUUCUUAAAAUAACUUUAAUCUCAGAAUUUCAUUAAUCCAGCUCUGAACAUGGGCCGUUAAAAGCUUUUCAGCAGAAACCCAUUUUAACAGACCCGCACUGUCUCUUUAAUACAACAUUACAAUCACUCAUAUUUUGGAAUGGAAUUAAGCCGAUGUUUGAGAUUUUGAAAUAUUUAUCUUAAAUGUGUAACAGUAUAGAUUAUCAUAGCAUAUCAGAACCUAAUUCCCUAAGAUUAGUUUUGGGUUCAAGAAAUGGUAACAGAGUAAAGAGCUAAAUCAUUUUUAAUGGCAAUUUUUUCUUCUAAUAUUCAUAUUUUUAUUAAAUUACUGCCAAAAAUGCAAAAAACUUAACACUUCAAAUGUGAAUCCUGUAAAACAGCAUUUUUUUUUAUCUAGACCUAUUCUAUUCUCUCUAAAAAGAUUAUAAGGCAAUGUUGAGUUUUCAGUUUAUUUGACAUAUUUGAGGGAACCUCUUAAUAGUUUAUUUUACAUAUUUGAAAGGAAGUGUUUGUAGUGUUUUUGGACUGGAACUUUUGAGUUGGUGGUGAACGACUUCAUAUCAGGAGAAUAUUUUUGUGUAAAUAAUCCAAAUUCAAUAGUGAUAUUUGACUCUUAAGGAAAACAAACUGCACGUUUUGUACACUGUAUAGAGUACACAACUUCAAAGGGAAGUUGUUUCUACUGGAUCUUUGGGCAAACGAGUAAAUCUUGACGAUGUAGACUCCUGUUUUGCAUCGCUCUGCGGAGCGUGGAGCGUUUUCUGACUUGAGGGUUUUGACAGCUGAUGCUGAUUACGGUGUCUUUACUGAGAAGAUGGCUGGAACAUGUUUUGAUAACUAAUAACAAAGCUAUACUUGGCUGGCUAUGAAAUCGACUGUUACAUUUAAGAAAUUUUUUAUUUCUGUGUGGUUUAUUCUUAGCGUUUGAUUUCACAGACGGGAUGAAAAGCACCGCAGUGGAGAACACUGUCCACUCUGCUUGCAGCCCGUGAUGCCGUCUAAUGUAAAUACCGCAGUUUUCUUUUUUAAGACCGUUGUUUUAAGUUUUUUUUUUAAUAGGUUUGAUAUUUUAUUCACAAAUAAUCAUUUAGUGUUGCCUUUUUUUUUCCCAGUGACCAAAAUCCAAUGUCUUUUGUGUAGAUUAGACAUUGAUCUUAGUGUCAGGGACAAGUAAAUGUUUCUUAAUGCUGGCACACUUUGUACAUAGACUUGUUAAUGACACGCAAACCUCCAGUUAAUCACAUGCACACGUAUACACUUGACUAAAACAAGUUUUUAUAUUGUCAGAAAAAAAUCUGGAUGCAUGUUUAUUUUAUUUUUUAAGUGAGUUAGACACAAUUGUAUAAACACACAAGGGCUUUUAAAGUGCAAAAGUUGAAAUCUGUACAGAGGUUUUAAUGGAAGUAGACUGGAACUCCUGCCAGAGCUAGGCUAUGUUUACAUUUGCUGUAGUAUUCUGAAGCCUUCCAAAUAUGUACUGUCUUGCACUCCUUCACACACGUUAACCCACGUCUGACUUGUGUGACUUCACCAAUGGCAACUAGCACUUCCUGGAUUAUCACUCCACCAUGCAGGUUUAUCUCGAGGUUUCCAUUCUACCCACUCCUAAUCAAUCAAAUCAAUCAAACUUUAUUUCAGACAAGGGAUAUGUCACUCCUAAUCUGCUAUGCUUGAUUCUUGUGUCCACAUCUCAUCUAAUAGCUGAUAUAUGAAAACAUGACCUGUGUUAACUCAGAGCUAAGGUUUACUUGAGUUUUCCUUUGAGACAUUUCGUCAGUUGUUAGGUGUGUUUUAUUUGCUUUGCUCGGUUGUAACUUCUGAUAUAUAUUUGUUUUUAUGGUGUUAAACCUCUCUAAUGCUGCAUUUAAUGCUCUUCUUAUACAGGUUGUCUCAUCACCGAUCAGACAUGGAAAAUCAUUCAUCUAAUGGAUAGAAACGUAUCAAAUCUGUAGCCUAAUACUUUUAAGUGCCCUGUCUAUUUUGCAUUCAAAUCAUUAACCACCCACUGUAAUGCAUGAUGGAUGAUCACAAUGUUUAAUCAGAAGGAAUGAAUGCCGUUUUUCCUUAAGUUUCAUUAUUAAAUAGGGUUACCAUAUCACUACAUAGACCACCUCUACAUGAUCUUAUGCAAUGGUUAAAAUAUACGUUGAGAGGUAAGACAUAAAUUUAUAUGGUCUUGCAUAAGUAAACCCAAUAAAAAUGUUGUCAUUCA